AUGCUCUCGUGGUUUGACUCUUCGUCGUCAAGUUUUGGUGAUGACAAUUCAAUCCAAUCCCCUAGCGCCGGCGCAGUAGGGGAAGCCGAAAUUAAGCUGGCACUUCAGCAGCUGCAGACACAAGCCGAGUUCCAAAACCAGGUGUCUCAACUCACCAGUCGGUGUUGGGAUCUCUGUUACACUGGUGCUCCUGGAACAAAACUGGAUGACAAACGCGCGAACUGCCUCAAAAAUUGUGCCGAACGCUACAUAGACGUAUCUGUGUUCCUUCGUAACCGGUUUCAACAAAUGCUUUCAAAGGCUCAGCAACAGUAG